AUGGCAUCUCCACGGACGAGAAGAAUAUUACAGGAACUUAAGAGCGUCGAUAAUAAUAAUAAAUGCUUCGAAUGCAAUACUCAUAGUCCACAAUGGGUCAGUGUCACGUACGGUAUCUAUAUUUGUUUGGAAUGCUCAGGGAAACAUCGUGGCUUGGGCGUUCAUGUCAGCUUCGUGAGAUCUGUAACAAUGGAUAAAUGGAAAGAUAUCGAAUUAGAGAAAAUGAAAGUUGGUGGAAAUAGACAGGCAAGAGAAUUUUUCGAUUCUCAAGAGACUUGGGAUGAAUCUGACAAUAUCAACAAGCGAUACAAUAGCUUAGCAGCAGCUUUAUAUAGAGAUAAAAUAACAGCACUGGCUGAAGGACGAGAAUGGGAUAUUCAGAGUGCAAAGCAAAACAUUGAAAAACAAAAAAGGAGCCUUCCACAAUCCAAGAGUACAGGUGCAAUAUCCAAUUAUCAAACUGAUGAAGCAAGCUACCAAAAUGCCAAUAGUCGACAAGUUUAUGAUCAAAAAGAACGCUAUUUUGAUAGAAUUCAGAAUGAAAAUGCUAUGCGACCUGAUCACAUUCCUCCUUCUCAAGGGGGUCGUUAUGCAGGCAAGUCGUCAAGUUUUGGCAAUCAAGCUUCAAAUCCACCUGUUAGAAGUAAUAGCGAGUUUUUCAAUAUGGAUACUACAUGGACGUCGUUGUCUUCAGGAUGGAGCAUGCUUUCGUCUAGUGCAACAAAAAUUGCUUUGACUGCGAAAGACAAUGCUGUCAAGUAUGGGAAUAUAGCUACUCAAAAAGUGAAAGAAUCAAAUUUACUAGACAUUGCUGGUAAAGAAGUCACUCAAUUGGCUUCUAAGGUUUCUGAAUUGGGAAAGAAGGGCUUCGGUGGCAUAGCAGGAUCGAGUAGCUACAAUGACAUUGAUAAUAAUACAGGCAACGAGCAUGCAAUUAAUGAAGAUUGGACUUUUCCUGAAAGCGAUGCAAGUAACAACGGAAGUCAUCAAUCAUAUCAAAACUAUGAUGACUCAGACGAUAAGUUCCAGGAAUUUACUAGGACAGAGAAGACAGUUAAACGUGAUACAAACAUUUCCAGCGAUUUCCAAAAUUUAGAUAUCAAGUCGGGUGUUAAAGGAAGCACUAAUGGCAACAGUAAAAAGGGCAAAAACGACAAGGAAGAUGAUCUAUGGGACAUGCUUAAUAACUAA